AUGAAUAAUUUAGAAAUUUCAUCAAUAACAACAAAUAAUAAAAAAAGUAAUGAAAUUAUUAAAAAUAAUGUUACAUUAUCACAUAAACCAUUUAAAAAAUCAGAUUUAAAAAUACUUGAUCUAAGUAAUAACAAACGAAUAGGAUUGGAUUGUAUUGCAUUGAUUAGGGAUUUAUUACCAAGAUUAACAUCAUUGAAAACUAUUAAUCUUUCAAAUAUUUCAUUAUGUACUGAUGGUUUAGCAAUUUUAAUUCAAUAUUUAAAUAAAGCACCAAAUAUAAAGAAUUUAAAUCUUUCAAAUAAUGGUAUCUAUCCAAAUGGUGCUGAAGAUAUUGGUAAAAACUUUCUAAGAGAUAAUACAACCUUAAGGUCAUUUGAUAUCUCUGAGAAUAAAAUAUCAUUAUCUGGUGUAAAAUCAAUUUUAAAUUCAAUAGCGGGUAAUUUAGAUUACAAUAAUAACAAUAACAAUAACAAUAAUAUCAAUAAUAAUAUCAAUAAUAAUAUCAAUAUCAAUAAUAGUAGUGUAUCAAAAUUAGAAAAAAGUAAAUCAAAAUUAAAAUCAUUAUAUCUUAGAAGGACGAUGAUAUCAUUUCAAGAAUCAAUUAUAAUUAGGAAUGUAAUUUUUCAAACUCAGUAUAUUAAAAUUUUAGAUUUAUCAUCGAAUCAGAUUAACCAAGAAUCGUUAAGUAUCAUUUGUGAAUCAUUAUCAUUUAAUCAAACUAUAAAAGAACUCAAUUUAAGUUUUAAUUUAUUUGGUGCUCCAGGUUGUUUAGAGUUGGCAAAAUCAUUACAACAUAAUAAAUCAUUACGUUAUUUAUAUCUUCAUUGCGUUUCAAUGAAAAAGGAAGGUGCUCAAGUGAUUGCUGAUUCAUUGAAAUCAAAUACAACUCUAACUCAUUUAUUCUUGAGUAAUAAUGAUAUAAAGAAUAAAGGUUGUUCACAUUUUUCAAAACUUUUAAAAAGUAAUAAUCAUCUUCAAUAUUUAGAUUUAUCUUGUAAUGGUAUUAAAAAUAAAGGUGCUUUAGAAUUACAAAAAGUUUUAAAAGAAUUAAUUACAAUUCAGUCUCAAAAUAUUUCAAAUUCAAAUUGUUUAUCAUUUAUAAAUAAUAUUAUUAAAAUUGAUAUAAAUGGUAAUUCAAUAACUCAUAAAUUAUAUAAAAAUUCAAAAGAUGAAAAUUGUAAAUUAAUGUAA